UGGUCAAAUGGAGUCGUCUCGAUCAUCACAUUCAAAGUACUUCUGUCUGUUUGACACGGACAUUCAGUGAAGGGGUGACUGCUGUAAAGGAAGACUAAUUCGGGCAGACGUUCAACUUCAGCUACGAGCUCUCCCCGUCCACUCCUCGACCCCCGUGGUUUGCUGGAUUAACCACGAGUCACAUCUCUACCGAACGCUCCCACAUCUUAGCCUGGACAGUCUAUCUCACAGUACUGGGUAUGGAGUACCUCGAAGACGAUGGGAAAUUGGCAUUCCAGAAGACCGAAGAAUCAGUCCUCGACGCCGACACAGAACCCAAUCCUACGGGUGCCAUCCUCUAUCAUUCGGAAGGCAGUAGGGCCGACAACAGCGCCGAGUCGGACGUCUUCUUGGUGGGUUUCGAAAAGUGUGACGACAUUGACCCUCGGAAAUGGUCCAAAUGGUACCUGCACUACGUGACAUGCGUUGCAGUAACCUUGACCUCCUACGCCAUGAUAUCCUCCACUAUACCAACGGCAUUCGCGCAGGAGAUGGCCACCGAGCUGAAACUGAACUCAUGGUCGGUUGACCUAGCCAUCUCGCACUACGAGAUCUGCUUUUGUGCCGGACCACUCAUAUGGGGGCCGUUGUCGGACAAGUUUGGUAGGAGGCGGGUCCUGCUAUUGUGUGUCAACGGUCUGGCGCUGUUGCACAUGGGCUGUGCGUUAUCCCAAAGUGCGGGGGCGGCGACCUUCGUAAGGAUACUGGCUGGCCUCUUCGCUUCUGGUUUGCUCCCUGUCUCAGGGGCGAUUGUCGCAGACAUUUGGGAUCUUCAAGCUGAGGAACAGAGGCUGGCCGCCUUUGUCUUCCCAUUUGCCACUCCACAGGGCGGACCCUCUCUGGGCGCAAUGAUGGCUAUGUCAGGUAUAGGCUGGCGUGGUAUCUUUUGGGUUUCAGCCAUAUUCGGAGGUGUUUUCGCAGCUCUGAUAGCUGCAACACUACCAGAAACCCACAGACCUACAAUCCUUGUGCGACACGCUAGCAUGUUGCGAUUGGAUACUCGCGACGAUCGAUAUCGUGCUCCGCUUGAGCUAGCACCGGAGAGUAAGGUCCGCAUACUUGCCAUGCUAACCCAUGAGCCUGUCCUUAUCUUAUUAUCCCUAUACUUCUCUUCCGUGGUCGCUUGUCUGAAUAUAUUCUUCGAAGCGCUGGUCAUUGCGUCGGCAAAGUUUACUCCCAUUACCGCAAGAGCUCUGGCCUCCCCAACGGUCUUGAUGGGCGCCCUUAUUGGGACCAUCCUCUAUGAGCUCGUGUUGCGGCCUUGGUUCUACCUACGUAGAAUCUGUAGGUACUCCCACGAAUGUGUUCCUCCUGAACAGCGGCUCGCGAUGGCCAUCGGUGCUACGCCGUUUGUUGCAAUGGGUGUUUUCUGGUUCGGGUGGACUCUGUUCCCUGGUAUCAGCCUUGCUGCACCUUUAUUUGCGGCCUUGUUCAUAGGAAUAUCCUCCUAUUGGCUGAUGUUUGUAAUUCUUGCCUACAUCAUCGACGUCUAUACAAACAUCACUGCAACCGCCCUCGGGUGUUGCAUCGCUGCCAGUAACUUAUUCCCAGCUGUGUUACCUGUCAUCUGUCCCCACAUAUUCCGCGUUCUUGGAUUGCAUUGGGCGUCGAGUCUGUCGGGCUGCCUCAUGAUCGCCACCAUUGCUUUUCCUCUUGUCUUGAUGAGGUAUGGGUCAACCUUGCGUGCAAAGUCCAGAUAUGCGCGGCAGUAGCAUGGCCAUAUCAUAUAAGUAUCUCAAC